AUGACUGUGUCAGAAACCGCAAUAACUGUAGGGCUAGUUCCCGAACACUUCAGCUCUCCCAUGUACCAACUGGAACAGAAACUUAAAACUGAAGAUGGAAUAAAGAUUGAGCUUGUAAACUGCCCAGGCGGUAGUGGUGAGAUGAUUUCGCUAAUCAACAGUGGCAAAGUCGAUGUUGUUAUCGCAUUGACGGAAGCUCUACUGGCUCAAUCGUUGAAAGGAGGACCUGCCGACUAUCGUCUAGUUGGAACAUAUGUCAAGAGUCCCCUGACAUGGGCUAUAGCAACCAACCCGUCGUCACCUACCUUCUCUGCCUUUACUCGUGAAGAAGGUCCUUGGGACCCCUUGAAAGGAAGCCGUAUUGGAGUCUCACGUCUUGGAAGUGGAUCACACAUAAUACCGUUUGUUAUGAAAAGGAUGAAGGGAUGGCAAGAAGACUUUACCUUUGUACCGCUGAAGGACAUUCAUGGUCUGGUGCAAGGAGUGACGGAAGACUCUUGUGACGCCUUUCUCUGGGAAAAGACAAUGACUAAGGGAUACUUUGAUUCAGGGAAACUUCACCAUCUCUCAAACGUCACUCCGCCAUGGCCGGCUUUUAGUAUUGCAGCUUCAAACCAUAUGAUUGAAUCUCGAUCAUCGGAGCUCGUCGAUCUGUUAGAUGGUAUUACAGCUGCUACAAGUCAAUUCAUGAGUGAUGAAUCUGCCGCCGUGGAAUAUAUCUCGAAACGAUUCCAUCAGGAGGUGGUAGAUGUAGAAAAGUGGAUUAAAACAGUAGAAUACCCUGUUGAUGCACGACACGUAGACCCAGCUGUGAUAAAGUCUUGUAGUGCCACAUUGAAGGAAUCUGGCUUGAUUGCCAAAGAGGCUGAAUGGGAACAAGUUUGUGAUGCUACUAUUGCCAAAAAGUCAGAAACAUAG